GAACACUCCUCGCCUAGAUUGUUCAUAUGCAGAGGCAAGUAGAAAUUCGUUCCAUUUUUCCCUUCUCUUGUCCUAGGUCUAAGAAGCGAGGCACGACCGCGCACGAAUGAGCAAUCCAUGCCUCAGAUGAUGAAGAUCAUCACCAGCUUCCUCCUCCUCGGAGUCGUCCAAACCAUUGCUGCACUCGUCGCCGGAGGCGGUGCCGAUGACCAGUUCGUCUACUCGGGCUUCACCGGCGCCAAUCUCACCAUGGACGGCACGGCCACUGUCACGCCGGUCGGCCUCCUCGAGCUGACCAACGGCACCCUCCAGCUCAAGGGCCACGCCUUCCACCCGACGCCGCUCCGCUUCCGGGAGGGCGGCGGCGCAGGCGCGGUGAGGUCGUUCUCCGCCUCCUUCGUCUUCGGCAUCCUCUCCGCUUACCCCGACAUCAGCGCCCACGGCAUCGUCUUCGUCGUGUCCCCGACCACGAACUUCUCCGCCGCGCUGGCGAGCCAGUACCUGGGCCUCGUCAACGUCACCAGCAACGGCGACGAGCGCAACCGGAUGUUCGCCGUCGAGCUGGACACCUUGCAGCAGGACGAGUUCCGCGACAUCAACGACAACCACGUCGGUAUCGACGUCAACAGCCUCAUCUCUCUUAACUCCAGUGAUGCCGGCUACUACGACGAUGAUGGAAGCUUUAAGAAUCUCUCGCUGAUAAGCCAUGAGGAUAUGCGAGUGUGGGUCGACUACGACGCAGUUAGCAACCGGAUCAACGUGACCUUAGCUCCUCUCGGGUUGGUAAAACCUGCCAAACCCCUGAUCUCGGCCAUCUAUAACCUAUCUGCGGUGCUGACCGACAUGGCGUAUGUCGGCUUCUCGUCGGCAACAGGCUCGUUCAACUCGAGGCACUACGUGUUGGGUUUCAGCUUUGCCAUGGAUGUUCCUGCUCCGGAUAUCGACAUUACCAAGCUGCCAAAGUUGCCCCGUGAAGGCCCAAAGGCUCGGUCCAAGGUCUUGGAGAUUGUCCUCCCAAUAGCAUCUGCAGCAGUCGUCUUCUGCCUCGGCACUGUCAUCAUUUUAUUCAUGCGUAGAAGAACGAAGUACUCUGAGCUACGGGAAGAUUGGGAGGUCGAGUUCGGGCCACACAGGUUUCCCUACAAGGAUCUGCACCGUGCCACUGAAGGAUUCAGAAACAAGAACUUGCUCGGCGUCGGAGGGUUUGGGAGAGUGUACAAGGGUGUGCUUCCUAUUUCUGAUCUUGAUAUUGCUGUGAAGAGGGUGUCACAUAACUCAAGUCAGGGCAUGAAGGAAUUCAUCGCAGAGGUUGUCAGUCUAGGCCGCCUCCAACACCGCAAUCUUGUGCAGUUACUUGGUUAUUGCCGAAGAAAAGGUGAACUCUUUCUAGUCUACGACUACAUGUCUAAUGGAAGCCUUGACAAGUACCUGUAUGAUCAUGAAAGAAGGCCAACUCUGAGUUGGCCGCAAAGGUUUAAGAUUAUCAAGGACAUAGCCUCUGGCCUACUGUACCUCCACGAGGAGUGGGAGAAAGUUGUCAUUCACCGAGAUAUCAAAGCAAGUAAUGUGCUCCUCGACAGUGGGAUGAAUGGACGCCUUGGCGAUUUCGGCCUAGCAAGGUUGUACAACCAUGGCACAGACCCACAGACCACUCAUGUGGUUGGUACCAUAGGUUACCUAGCCCCAGAGCUUGCUCGCACAAGCAAGGCAACCCCGCUAACAGACGUCUUCGCCUUCGGUACAUUCAUCCUUGAGGUCACUUGUGGGAGAAGGCCUAUUUUCCAAGACGCAAGUGACAAACAGGUUAUGCUGGUUGACUGGGUGCUAGAGCACUGGCGCGAAGGAACGCUUGUUGACACGGUUGAUGCGAACCUCCGGGGUGACUUCAUUGUUAGUGAGGCAUGUCUAGUGCUCGAGUUGGGGCUCAUGUGCUCACAUCCUUUUGUGAAUGCAAGGCCCAGCAUGCGGCAAGUGGUGCAGUACCUGAGUAAGGAGGUACCACUGCCGGAGCUGAUCCCUACCAAUAUGAGCUUCCACAUGCUGGCACUGACGCAGAACCAAGGCCCAGGCAAGGACUUCGCCGCCGCUCUGCCGGCCAAGUAUCUGGGCCUCACCAACGUCCAGAACAACGGCAACGCGAGCAACAACCUCUUCGCCGUGGAACUCGACACCAUCCAGAGCGUCGAGUUCAAGGAUAUCAACAACAACCACGUCGGGAUCGACAUCAAUGGCCUCCAAUCCCUGCGAUCCUACAACGCUGGGUACUACGACGACAAGAGUGGUGAGUUCCAGAAACUCAAGCUUAUCAGCCGUCAGGCCAUGCAGGUUUGGGUGGAUUACAAUGGCGAGAAGAAGCAGAUCAACGUGACCCUGGCACCCCUCAGAAUGACCAGACCACUCAAGCCACUGCUCUCAACCAUCUACGACCUCUCAACGGUGCUCACUGACCAAGUGUAUCUCGGCUUCUCGGCGGCAACUGGUCGUGUGAAUUCGCGGCACUGUGUUCUUGGCUGGAGCUUCGGAUUGAACAGACAAGCUCCUGCCAUCGACAUCGCCAAGCUGCCGAACCUACCUCGUGCUGGUCCGAAACCGCGUUCCAAGGUUUUGGAAAUCGUUCUACCAAUUGUUACCGCAACAUUUGUGCUUUGUUUGGGCAGUAUCGUUGUUCUAGUUGUCCGGAGGAGAUUUAGGUACGCUGAGCUACGUGAGGAUUGGGAGGUUGAGUUUGGGCCGCACCGGUUCUCGUACAAGGAUCUUUACCGUGCAACCGAUGGAUUCAAGGAUAAACAUCUUCUCGGUGAAGGAGGUUUUGGUAGGGUUUACAAAGGAAUUCUUCGGACGUCUAGGAUGGAGGUUGCCGUGAAGAGAGUGUCCCAUGAAUCAAGGCAAGGAAUGAAGGAGUUUGUUGCCGAGAUAACCAGUAUCGGCCGCAUCCGGCACCGCAAUCUAGUACAAUUACUUGGUUAUUGCCGGCGGAAAGGUGAACUUCUCUUGGUUUAUGACUAUAUGCCAAAUGGUAGCCUUGACAAAUAUCUGUAUACGGACGACGGGGAUAAGUCAAAGCUGACCUGGGCACAAAGACUUCACAUCAUAAAAGGUGUUGCAGCAGGAUUGGUCUACCUGCACGAGAGGUGGGAGAAAGUGGUUGUCCACAGAGAUGUCAAAGCAAGCAACGUACUGCUUGACAGAGACAUGAACGGGCAGCUUGGUGACUUUGGGCUGGCGAGGCUGUAUGACCAUGGCAAGGACUCCCAAACCACACAUGUGGUCGGCACCAUGGGAUACCUAUCCCCGGAGCUCAUGCGCACAGGCAAAGCCUCCCCUCUAACUGACGUGUUCGCCUUCGGCGUAUUCCUCCUGGAGCUCACCUGUGGGCAGAAACCCAUCAAGGAGAACGGGCAAAGUGGCGGCGGCCAUGUUGUGCUGGUCGAUUGGGUGCUCCAGCACUGGCGCAAUGGGUCACUCAUGGAGACAGUAGACGGGAGGCUCCAUGGUGAGUACGACGUCGAGGAAGCGGCAUUGGUGCUGAAACUAGGGCUUCUUUGCUCACACCCGUUUGCCGAUGCAAGACCUGCCAUGGGGCAGGUCGUGCGCUAUCUCGACGGCGUGACGCCACUCCCAGAGCUGGCAUCGACGGAUUUGAGCUUCCAUGUACUAGCGAUGAUGCAGAACAAAGAAUUUGACAUGUCCACCAUCUCGUAUCCGGAUAUGGUGACGAGCUUUGGUACAAUCUCUAGUCUAUCAGGAGGAAGAUAACAACAAUAAUACGUCCAUGGAAGCGUUAGUGUGUUGGUUGCUGUUCUGUGUUGUAAACUUGUAAUUGUUUUUUUAUUUUGUAUUUUUCACCUUCUCUAUUAGUACAUAGACCAGCAGUUAACCUGUCGGCUUCUGUUUAAGAGAGAGAGAGAGAGAGAGUGUUAGGAGUAGCAUGCAGCAUUUUGUGGUCUGGUUCUAUGGAGAGAAGUAGCAUAUGUCGUGUGUAUUGUGGAAGUGAUACAAGUAAUGUGUUGUACCUGUAUAAUCUCCUGGUCUGAUCUCAGCCAACGCAUAGACCUCUGCAAUGGUAACAGAAUAAAUAUAACAAGUGAGGCCUCUGUUUUCUUUA